AUGGCUUCAGAGAAGAAGGACAAGAUGGAGGCGCAAAUCAAGUCCGUCGACAUGACGGAAGAUAUGCAGCAGGAGGCGAUUGCCCUCGCGAUCGAGGCAAUGGAGAAGUACCACAUUGAGAAGGACAUUGCGCAAUAUAUCAAGAAAGAAUUCGAUUCGCGGAAGGGAGCCACCUGGCACUGUGUUGUCGGCCGGAACUUUGGCAGCUUCGUCACUCACGAGACAAAGCACUUCAUCUACUUCUACCUCGGACACUGCGCGAUCCUCCUCUUCAAGACCCAGUAA